AUAGCGCCUAAAAUAGACGUUGUGUUUGCUCUGGUAGUAGGUCGAUUAACAAUAGCACGAGUACCUUUUGUGGACGAUGCUCUUGAUUGUUUCAUAUUGAUAUCAAACGCAGACUCAUCAAGAAAUACGCAAUUCGUGAGGAAGUUCAUGUCCGUAUUUUCCCCAAUUACGAACCCAAUCGUGUCGCUCCUUAAUCUUUGCUGGACUGUUCCUUUCAAUGGAAUGGAAAUCCGCUUUUUUCAACGAAAGGUUGUAUUCAUAUCUCAUAGAGUUAUAAUUAGUGCUGCGUGUGAAACCUUAAGAUUAUUGAAUCGCUUCAAUAAAUGGUUGGUCACUUCAACUACAGUCGCAGAGGGAUUAGUAUCAAUGAAGUUGAUGACACCCGUUUUAUGCUCUUCGGUCAAGAUACACUUGCGUCCGACUUUUUUCAGAAUCCUCAAAAAAUGCUAUCAGGACACACAUUAUAUUGUUAAACCCAUCUCUGAGCAGUUCGAGCAUGAAUACCCAACUGUUUUGCUGCUGCUGCUGCUGCUGACGCCACUCAUACACUUUUUCAAUAUUCAGAUCGAAAAACCUAGCUUUAUCUUGUGCGGUAUAGAGAACAUAAUCCCGUUUUAUAUUUGA